AUGGUGUCGCAGGGAUUGUCCAGAAAACACAGCAGCUCUUUUAGAAGUGUGAGUGUUUAUCAGCUCAACCUUGCUAGAAUUGAGCACAACUCUUCAGAGCAAGCCCUAGGCCUUCAAUCAAGAUUGGUUCCAAAGAAUCCAGCAACCUUUAACUAUCCAAUGGGAAAGAGGGUACCCAAUUACCAAUUGCAGAUGAACAUCGCAGCAUGUGGCACGGCUAAGGUGUCAAAUUAG